AUGGAAGCUUUUCAUCAUGCACCUAUUAGCUUUCACUUUCCCUAUGCUUUCCCAGUCCCAACACCAACAACCAACUUUCUUGGAACUACAACAGCACCAAAUUUAUCAAUUAACGGAUCAGACACUUGGAUGGAUAGUAGAAUUUGGAGUAGACUUCCACAUAGGCUCAUUGAUAGGAUCGUUGCUUUUCUUCCACCACCAGCUUUCUUUAGAGCUAGAGCUGUUUGUAAGAGAUUUUAUGGCCUUCUUUACUCUACUCAUUUUCUUGAAUUGUACCUCCAAGUUUCCCCUCAGAGACAUUGGUUCAUUUUCUUCAACCAAAAAGUGCCAAGAAACAACAUUUACAAGAACAACAACAGUACUAAUGCUGGAAGUAAUUCAGUUGAAGGGUACCUGUUUGAUCCUGAUAAUCUUUCUUGGUAUAGGCUUUCUUUUGCUUUAAUCCCACAAGGGUUUUCUCCUGUUUCCUCUUCUGGUGGACUAAUUUGCUUUGUUUCUGAUGAAGCUGGAUCAAAAAACAUACUUUUGUGUAAUCCUCUUGUGGGGUCCAUAAUUCCCCUACCUCCAACUUUAAGGCCUAGGUUGUUCCCUUCUAUUGGUUUGACCAUAACUAAUUCAUCUAUUGACUUAGCUGUGGCUGGAGAUGAUUUAAUCUCUCCUUAUGCUGUUAAAAAUUUGACCACUGAAUCAUUUCACAUUGAUGGGAAUGGAUUUUACUCAAUAUGGGGUACAACUUCUUCACUUCCAAGAUUAUGCAGUUUUGAAUCAGGCAAAAUGGUGCAUGUUCAAGGGAGAUUUUACUGCAUGAAUUUUAGUCCUUUUAGUGUGCUUUCUUAUGAUAUUGGCACAAAUAAUUGGUCCAAAAUUCAAGCCCCUAUGCGACGAUUUCUACGUUCGCCUAGCCUGGUGGAGGGGAAUGGAAGGCUUGUUUUAGUUGCUGCAGUUGAGAAGAGCAAACUGAAUGUGCCAAGGAGUUUGAGGUUAUGGGCAUUGCAAGAUUGUGGGACAAUGUGGGUGGAAAUUGAAAGGAUGCCACAACAAUUGUAUGUCCAAUUUGCUGAAUUGGAAAAUGGGCAAGGUUUUAAUUGUGUUGGACAUGGUGAAUUUGUGGUGAUAAUGAUUAAGAAUAAUUCAGAUAAGGCAUUGUUGUUUGAUUUUUGCAAGAAGAGGUGGCUUUGGAUUCCACCUUGUCCAUUUGUGGGUGGAAAUAGUAAUGUUGAUUAUGGUGGUACUAGUAAUAAGUAUGGUGGGGAAUAUGGAGGGGGAGAGUUGCAUGGAUUUGGUUAUGAUCCUAGACUUGCUGCACCAAUUGGUGCACUUCUUGAUCAGUUGACAUUGCCCUUUCAGUCUUUCAACUGAUAGUUAAACUGUUUUUAAGUGGGGUAUCAGUAGUACUAGUACUAUGAAUAGUAGUAAGUUAUUAAGUUUAGUUUGGUUAUUAGUGUAUUUUAAUGUUCAAUUUAGUAACUGCUGUUAUAUUAGUGAGAAGUUUACUAAGAAGUUUGUACUCUACUACUCUUGGCUUAUUAUGAGUUUUUACAUUGAUCUGUGCUAAUAUUAUUGUUCUCAGUUAACAAGUUCAAUUUUUUUUUUCACCUUGUUCUACAGACAAAUGAGAGUUUACUUGGCUAUAAGAGAGAACAACAUCAACAUUAACAUUAGCAAACUUAUUUACUGACUUGUGUUUUUUCUUCUUUUUUAAUUUUUUGCUUGAUCCUUUUUUUCCUUUGUACUUUUUGACAGUAAAUGAAAACUACAAACUAGAAAACCCUAAUAUUUAAAACAACAUUAACAUAGUAAUGUUUUCAAUCUACAAUGGCUAUUAGCCUAUUUAGCACCGUUAAUGAGUAACGACUAAACUUCAGUA